GGAGCAUUGAGCUUUGAAGGAGCGAACGAUGUGCAAAGAGGGAAAAUCGAAGCUUGAACCUGCGAGGAAGAAUUGAACACCAGCCGCGCCGCCGCCCGCCCACCUGCGUCGUCCGCCACUCCGUCGUCCCUGCUUCUUAUCUGGACUCAGGCAGUCCUCCUUUGCCUCCCUCCAGGACUCCAGCCGGCCUCCAGAAUGGAUAACGAACACAUUGCCAAGAAAGGAAAGGUGUUGAUUUCAUCAUUCUUUCCAAAAGUGAAUCGUCAAGCUGGUGAAGGAAGUUCUGAACCUAUACCUACAAUAGUGCAAGAUCCACUCAAUGAGGUUCCUCCAUAUGCUCAAGUCCCUGAAAUCCAAACUAUCUCAAAUUUGGAGUUGCCUCCAUCUUUUUCUAUUGAGAGAGACCCGGGAAAAAGAAAGCAAAUUCAUGAAUAUCAUGUCAAUGUACGAGAUGAAGUGAGACGUGCAUAUCUAAAUGUUGGGCCUUAUCAACCGAGAAUGGAAGCUUAUCCAUUUGAAAAGAUUGGAGCUAAAAAACGAAGUUUUCAGAAACACUGGUUUGACAAGUUUAAUUGGUUAGAGUAUUCAUCUGUGACUGAUAAAGCUUACUGUUUUUUCUGCUUCCUUUUCUUGAGUGACAUUCAUAUGCAUACUACUUUUGCAUUAGUUAAGGAUGGAUUUCAAAGUUGGAAGAGGAUAAAUCAAGGAAGUCAAUGUGCAUUUCUUCAGCACGUUGGUACUAAAGAAAAAUCGUCUCAUGUGAUGUGUGUUGAAAGAGCUGAAAAUUUGAGGCAACCAUCUGGUCAUAUUAAGAAUGUUUUGCACACUCAAUCGCAACAAGAAAAGCAGAAAAAUCAUUUGCGGUUGAGAACUUCUAUUAUUACUGUUCGAUGGUUAGCGCUUCAAGGUUGUGCCUUUAGAGGUCAUGAUGAAUCUCUAACAUCAUCAAACCGGGGAAACUUUAUUGAACUAGUAAAAGCUUUUGCAAGUAUGAAUACCAAAGUUCAAGAAGUUGUACUUGAGAAUGCUCCAAAAAAUGCUCAAUACAUUGCUCCUGAGAUUCAAAAAGAGAUCUUGAAUAUAAUGGCGAAUAGAGUUCGUCAAAUGGUUCGUGAAGAAAUUUCAAAUAGUUGUUUCUGCAUUCUUGUUGAUGAAGCACAAGAUAUAUCUAAACAGGAGCAGAUGGCGAUUAUUAUAAGCUGGCUGGGACAAGAGGACCGUCUCAAGUGAGAGCCUUGUGAGGUUGGCCGAACUGCUUGCAAAAAUUACAUGACCAAGUUUGCAGGAAAGAUUGCUUCCACCGUAGAAUAGAUGAAAUCGAGAACUCAAGAGCACAAUUUUGGUCGGUUUUGAUUGAUUUGUAUUGGUUUCGUUCGGUUUUGGCACAUUUCGGCCUAUUUAUAUCAAUCUGUUUCAGUUUAGUUGGAGUUUUAAUCUAAAUGUACAAAUCGUGAACCGAACCGCCACUGGAUUAGUUAGUUUCGAUCAGUUUCAAUUUCAUUUCGUUAAAUUCAAGUCAGUUUGGUUUCGGUCAGUUUGUUGAUCCGUUCCGAUUUUCUUUCUUUUGUUCACCCUAACAAAAAGAAUAAGAGAGGGAGGGUGAAUAUGUAACAUAAGUUGCCAAUUAAUGGAAGUAUGUACAAAAAGAUCAA